AUUUCAGGUCAACUGUAAGUGCAACAUGAAGGUAGAAAAAAAUAAGUUGGAAAAACAUGAGAACUUGGAAUGCCCCUUGCGGCUGGUUAAGUGUCAGUACUGUGAACUGGAGCUGGCAUUCAAUAAAUCCGGAGAACAUGCUGAUUAUUGUGGAUCGAGGACUGAACCUUGUGCAGCUUGUGGUCGCAAUGUUCUGGUCAAAGACAUAAACGUGCACCACAUCUCCUGUGGCAAAGAUGUUGAAGAAAAGAAUAACAACCGUAUCAAACCUAGAUCUGAAUAUCGCUUUGAAGAUGAUGUUGGGACUUGGUUUGAAAAUCAACCAUUUGGGAUCGUUCAUCGGGCUGAGGAGAACCGUGUUAGGGCCAGGCCAAGAAUUUCUAGACAGUUGGAAGCCAAAGUUCAUGGGAACAGAGAAGCAGGAUUUUCAGUGAGGGGGUCAGAUAGGAGAAAUCUACUGACCACAGGUAGAAACCAGAAUCAAGCCAGCCUAGUGAGGACCGACAGAAAUAAUUUGACAGAUGCUGCAAGUCCAGGGCAAGUGGAUGCCAACUCUAACCUGGAUUACUUGCUUGCUCUCAGUCUCCAAAAUGAAAACACUGAUGGAGGAGAGUGGCUACCGUUAUGGGAGGAUACUCUCUCCGAUUACAAAUGCCCGGGGCGACAAAAUAUUAUGGGCAUGCUCAACAAUCAGUCGCCAUCUGAUAUACUCCCAACUUCUGUAAAUGCCCAUGAAGAAGUAAAAAAAGAUGUCACAAUGUUACCUUGUGAGUUCUGUGAAGAACUGUUCCCUGAAGAAGAAUUAAUUAUUCACCAGACUGGCUGUAACCCAGUAAGUGCCUUUGCAUCAUUCAGUAAAAGUACCACACUUAUACCACCAUUACAAAGGGUCUCCAUUCCCAGGACGAAUGAUAUUUUCUCCCAUCGUCAGCAUGCGAAUCCUGAAUUAUUUUCAGAAGACUUCACACUGCCAUCAUAUAGUCCAUUCGUGGGUUCCAGUGAUGGAGACGUCAUGAUUCCGUGUGAGUUCUGUGGUGUCGCAUUAGAGGAAGAUAUGCUAUAUCAUCAUCAGGAUCAGUGUGAUUUGCGACCACCAACAGCAAGACCACCUGAUCAAGAAAUCAAUCAGCCUUUCUUAGUCACCAAUAUUGAGACAAGAGAACCUCCACAAGUGCCCACUCACCGACAGAGACGCCAAGGAGAUGUCAGGCCAAAUUAUUUUUCUCAUCUGGAUGACGUCCAGGCAAGACCAGCGAUUCGACCUGCAGUUAGAACAAAACCAGCUGGAGCUCCAGCAACGUUCAGACAGGGGAUUGGUGCCCAGAAGUCUCUAGCAAGUCCAGAUACGGAGGCCAGCACCCUAAAUACCAGAAGUGUAAAGCUUCCCAACAGAGAAACCUCUGAAUUGAGGCGACGGGCCCGGAAACCCCUGGAACCAUCUGUGGGCUCUAUUCGUCCUAUUGGAGAUGUAUUCCCAGAAAGCUACAAAUCCAACUUCCCACAUGCACCCACUGCUAGAUCCAGUCUGAGAACAGAAGGAUCCAGGGUUUCUAGGAGCACAGUUCCUCCAAUCUCAAGGAGCAGAGUUCCAGGAAUAAAGCAGAAUGUACCGAAAACAAGACCAGAAAAUGAUGAGAAAGAAGAGGAAUGAUGAAAUGGAACUAAACUACACUUGUUACCAUGGUGUCCAACUCCUAAAUUAUAUCUAGUGCUAAAACUCAGGACUUCCUUUUUAUUUUCUAUGCAAAAGAAAUAUUUAUGAGUGAGGUUUAAGUGGUAGUGUGUUUUUAUUUCCUCUCAAUUCUGUUUUCAUUGUGGGGUUUAAAAAAAUAUACUUAACAGGAGCUCACUUUUUUAGAUUCCUGCACUGCGUAAGUAACUUAAAAGGCAACAGAAAUUUUAAUUUAGACAUUUUGUGCACUUCAUCUUAGUGAUAACGUGGAGACAUUUGACCAUACAGCUGAUUGAUAGUUUGAGGGGAAACAACAGUUCACGUUGAUACUCAUUCCAUUUCAGUGGGACCUGCUUUGGAAUUUGCAAUCUUGAACAGAUAUCCCAAGGAUAUGAUUUUACUUUGUGUGAUCAAUUCAAAGGAUCUCACAAUAGGAAAGAACUACUAAUAAGUUCAAAAGACUUGAUGCGUCCCCAAUGGAGAGUCGUGCCUAUCCAUCCCAAUUAAAGUUGGGGUGUAGGUUACAAUCUGAAAUUUCUUCCAUGGCUCUUUGUAUGAUUUUUCUGUUUUAUAGCUUGCCGUUUUAAGUAAGAGUGUAACACUUUUUUUAAUGUUGAUAGUGAUGAUAUUUACCUUUGCACUUUGCUGUUGUUUUUGUCAAUUUCUUUCUCUUGUUGCUCUCUUCUCUUACAGGAACUAAUUUGACCUUUGCUUAUAUCAUGUUCCAUCUCUCUCUCUCUGUAUAUCUCUAUUACUUCUGUUAUCUGUCUCUUGUGUAUUCAUUUUUACUAUUUUGUUUUGCUUAAAUUACAUCAUGGAAGGAGCACCAACUGUCGUGGUCAUGCAGAAUUGGAGAAGUAACUCUGUCUUUCAGGAAAUUUUACAUGUUGUAAAAGUUUUAAUCUGCAUUCUGGGCAUUGCAGAUCAAUCCUAAUUACGGUGAAGUAAUGUUUUUAAGACAGUCAUGUGGGAAUCACGUCUGUUGCUCUGGACUAGUUUUAACUACAAAAAUUGUAGCGGCACUUCAUUGGAAAUGUACUUAAUUUUUUAUGAUACAUGGUUAAUUUGGAAAAGCACUGGGUGAGCUAGAAUUGUCAUUCAGAACUACAGUCUCAUUGGAAGAGAUUGGAGGAUUAAGAUGUUUAAUAAUUGCAAAACCACUUGUAACUUGCCUUCUCUCCACUUUUGCAUCAUUUAGAAGCUGAUAGUGACUGUAUUUAUUAAAUGUACUUCACACACAGUUAAGGAUUUCAGAAACAUAAGUGAGAGAAGGUAAGAAGUUCAAGAACUCUAAAGAAAUGUGGUAAAAAUGCACAAUAAAUAGUUGCUUGCAUGGAAGUGGGAGAUAUGUACGAGAAAAAUGAAGUUCAGUCUGGCUGUCUGGGGCAGAGAGAAGAUGCAUUUAUAGGAAUGAGAUCUGCGGAAAGAGAACUUCAGACUGAGUCAAGUUUGGUAUAUGUCUUUGUGACCCAUACCAUGGAGUACCUUGUUGGGAAUUGGUUACCUUCUUUCCUGUCUGCAGGUUAGAAAUAUGGUCGAAUUGGAAGGAUAAAUUGUAUUGCAGGAAAUUUGGCUAUAUGUGGCAGUAAACAGAAAUGACUUGCUGAUCUUGAAAUUUGUGUCUCUUCUGCAGCCUUUUAGAUGCAUCAAAUACAUUUUUUUUUUUCUUUUAACCACUAAUGUUUAAUAAAAAAAAAUGGCUGACCUUCUUUUCUGACCUUUGCAGUAACUUCUGUUAGGCAGUAAUAAUCUUACCAGUUGAUCUAUGUAGGAGGCAGAUUGACAUUUUUAUUGGUAUUUAUUUGUUGCCCAAAGAGCUGUCUCUUUAGAUUUAUGGAAUAGUCAUAGUAGACAUGAGUUCCAGUUUUGAAUGUGAAAUCCUCUUUGUUCAACGUGGGUCAGAUGUAAAUCCAUUCUACCACUGAUUCCACAACUGGAAUGCUGCAGGGCAUUUUAAAAUGUUGUACAAUUUAUUGUAAACUUGUUUGUUUUAAAAUGUAUGAGGUGACUCUUGAUUUGCUCCUGUUCAAACUCGACUUAGUACUUUCGUGAGUUCAAAGAGCUACUGCUUGCUACAAAUUCUGCUUGGCUAUAAAGUCAGUGGCAUCAGUAAAUAAAUGUUUGUUUUAAGACAUUGACCAGGUAUUCAUCAGGAAACUCAAAUUUAAGUUUGUCCUUCAAGGUAAGGGAAUGAGUGGCCAUUGCACCCAUCUCUUCUCUAGACUGUUGGGAGAAAAUCACAGGUAAUGUGCUGGGCUGUGUGCCUGAUUUGUUCAGGAUCAAGUAUCAAAUUGAAACCCAGGCAACACCAGGACAUUGCUCAUUCAAUUAGUGAUGCACAAAUAUCUUCUCCCUGUAUUCAGCAGCUUGAGGCUACCACUGCUUUUAUCUUGGGCAGAUCAUGGUAUAUUCUAGCUUGCUAACAUUUUAUGAAGACCCCUUUCUAAGAAGACAGAUUGUUACUCAAUCACAUGUUGUGAUAAUUUUUUAUUUUCCCUCUAUCUCUCCAAAGUUCCUUUUUUUUUGUUUUCACAGUCUUGAUUUUAGAUCCUUUGGGCAGAACUGUAGACUGUUCUUGGAAUGAUGAAAGGCUUUGCAGCACUGAGCAAUUCAUCCAUUGAAUUAAUCAUAGAUGCUUUUUCCUUAAUCAGAUGGUGCAUUAAUGGGAGUGUGGAGAGGAGGGGCCUUAGCUUUGGUGCAUUUACUUGAGAUGGUGAUAUUAAUAAUUUCCUGAAUAUUUUAAGAUUGUAAGAAAUGUGGUUGGGGAGAGUAAACAAAAAUCUACAGUGUCUGUGUGUGCAUAUGUUUGUAGUUAUUGUAUUGAAUAGAGUAGAAUAGAAUCUAUACCUUGUAUUCUUGGAUAGAGAGAUGGUUGAGGUAUGAAAAUGAUAUGAAUGCUGCAAUUUUAUUAGUCUUGAGCACAAACUUCGGAAUUUUUGAAAGCAAUUCUCCAGCUGGCUAAACUUUAGAGACCCUUACAAAUCUGAAUUUGUUUCUCACCAGAAUUACUGCCCCUCCCAGCCAGAUUAUUUCUUUUAAAUUGCUUCUUAUUUUAAAACUUGUUUGGUAUGGUGUUCUCCAAACUAAUGUUGAUUAUACAGUAUGUAACCAUCCCAUUCACUGUGGACUGAAUUUGGUGACUAUCUUUUUUUUUAAAAUGACUGAAAUGUACUGUCUCAUACCAUUGUGAUUUCUUUAUCACCAGCAUAUAGUUAACUGACUGCAAAACCUUAUCAGCUACUUAUGAUUUUAAAAAAUUAGAUAUCUGUAACGUGUAAAUGUACUGACUUACAAUAUAUAAUAAAGGUUGUGGUUAGACCUGG